CAAUUGACGUGUGGUCAGUUGACUGCGUUCAAUUGCACCCAUCCCAUUUCAGAUAGUACGCAAAAAGUAAAUUAACCCCACUAUCACAAUGUUUUCGAGCAGCCCGAACUACUCAAAAUUAAAGACACACCUACGGCUUGCCAUAAAUAGAUUAAAACUCCUAGAAAAAAAGAAAACCGAGUUAGCCCAGAAGGCGAGGAAAGAAAUUGCAGAUUAUAUUGCUGCAGGCAAAGUUGAGAGAGCAAAAAUACGCGUUGAACAUAUUAUCAGAGAAGAUUACAUGGUCGAGGCUAUGGAAUUAAUGGAGAUGUAUUGUGAUCUCUUGUUAGCUAGAUUUGGUCUCAUUCAACAGAUGAAAAAUUUAGAUGAAGGCCUUGCUGAAGCAAUAUCAACAGUCAUUUGGGCAGCCCCAAGACUCCAGACUGACAUUCAGGAGUUAAAAAUCAUAGCAGAUAUUUUAACAUCAAAGUAUGGAAGGCAAUAUACAGAAGCUUGUCGGGAUGAGGCGGUACAGACAAUAUCUGAAAAGCUCAAGCACAAACUAAGCGUACAAUCCCCAUCAAAAUUAUUGGUUGAAAAAUAUCUCAUUGAAAUUGCCAAAAAUUACAAUGUUGAAUACGAGGCUGAUCCGCAAGUGAUGGCUGAAGGACAGGAUACAUUGUUGAUCGAUGUUGGUUGUGGAGGGCAGCUACCAAAUAACUUGGAUAUUGCUGGGAGUCAUGCUGGUAUUCCGGAUCCCGUUGGAUUCAUUGGAUUUCCACAGGCACCUCUACUACCGGAGCUCCCCUCCAACUUUGAUGCUGUGGACACAGGGGAAAAAUAUCCUGGAAAGGCCAUGGGUUUUGUAACUCCUGGAGCUCCAAUGGCAUCUGAAAAAGACCAGAAUAUUUCAUUCAACUCAGCUGCUUUCUCGUACAAUAUUCCUUUUGAUAAUGCAAACGCUAAUAAACCAGAAGAUGAUCUCCCACCACCUUACUCAUUCCCCCCGGAUUUAAAUAAACAGUCUGAUAAUAAAGCUAAACCACAGCCGAGAGCAAAAAUGCCCAUGAAUAACUUUCAAUUGCCGGAUCUGCCAGCAGUACCAUCAGACAAUGACACACCGGGCCGCAGUGGCGAUAGCGAUGAUAUUGACUUUGAUGACCUCAUGAAACGUUUCGAAGAUCUUAAAAAAAGCAAGUGAAUUUUCGUUUGAUAAAAUUUGUUUCUUGUAUCCAAAUUUUCUGUGAGUUAUUUAUCCACCUUGAUCGAUUUUUAAUUAUCAAUUUCAAUACUAUUUUAUGCUAUCAGCUUCAUUUAUGGGUCGAUUGCACGAUAUUUAAUACAUGCCGAAAUUAAGAAAUUGAGUUGAUUCUUUGAAGAUUUCAACCUCACAUUUAGUUUCGUCCUCUGAAUUUUUGCCAUUAAUUUCUAGUUUUAAUUAAACAUUUUUUAAUCGUCUGCUGCUAUUGGAAUAAUGAUUCACUAAUGUCCAAAAACAUGCAUAUUGAAACAUUCUAGAUAAUUAAUAUUGCAUAUUGAUAUGGAUUAACUGCAGUAUUGUUAUUCUCAAUAAAUAUUGUUACUAUUACUUAGUAUUUAAAUAUCAAAUACCUAUGUGCGAUCGAUAGAAAUUUUUA